AUGGAUGUUAGAACGCACUCCUCUAGUGUGAAAGCAACUACAAGGGCGGAGCUGGCAGGUUUUAGUUUCUACGUGGAUCGCGUGCACCGUAUGCUACUUCGCGGCAACUGCGCGCACUGCGUAAGUGAUAUAGCACCGGUCUGCCUGGCUGCUGUGCUCGAGUACCUGGUUGCUGAGUUACUGGGUGUGGCGUGUGGCGUAGCUGUGGACAAUGAGAGAGGGUGUAUGUUCCCUCGUCACCUGCAUAUGGUCAUUUGCGAAGACGAGAGCUGA